GCGCGUUUUGUUCGCAGCGUGGAAUUCACCAAAGUGCCAUGCAACACUUCCCGUCCACGACAGCAUGUAUAUGUGACGAAUUCCAAUCCUGAGAAACGUCAGCCAUCGAGAUGUUAUAGGGACACAAACAACAGAUCAAGAUUUGUACAUUGCGACGCAAUGGCAACCCUGGACGCAUUACAAUUGCUCAAAUCCUCCAUCGCAGCAUCGAAACCGCCAAUUCUCACAAAAACCUCGGAUCCUGCGAGCGCAGGAGAAAACCCGACAGACUCCUUUGUCGAAGCCACUUAUCUCUACUUUACCUACCCCAACUCUCUGUGUCUGCCGUUAGACACGAAGACCAGAUUUAUAUCUCAGAAUCCAGACACAACAGAGGUUGACCUGCGGAGUAUAUUCUUCGCUUGGCUACAGAAAGAUGUCACGGUACCCGAGUACAUUGCCCUCGCGGCCGAGCUGGAUAAACAAUUGCCUGAAGGACAGAAAGUGCGCAACCUGAUAUUCGUGGAGAGGUUGGACUUGAUCACCUGGCUGGAAGGCGCAUCAGAUGAGUCGGAAUAUAUCAAGCCCAUUGAAGGUGCCGCGGCGGCGGCCGACGCCGCCAGAGCAGCGGAUGUUGCUGGAGGUGCUGCAGUACCGACAAUCAGCGGCUCAGGUGUCGGCGUCACACAGACGGCGGGUGGAAGACCAGUCAAGGUGAUUGAUGCGAGGCUACAAGCUAUCUACAAUGGCGAGCGGAAGAUGGGCGACCACAACUCCGUCUUGCGCGGCGUGAAACCUACGGACUUUUCUCACGUUCGCAAACAUGCAGAGACCUUCCUCGGUCGACGGAAGGGUGUGCCAUCGUCGUCUAAAGCAGGGCAGGUUUCCAAAUCCGCUCAGCUUGCGAGUCGACCGGCUGCAGCAGCUUCUAUACCAGCGAAAGUCCCAUCAGCAGUUUCGUCGAAACGAUCAGAUCCGAUCAUUCUGCUGUCUCCGUCCGCAUCGUCCCUGCUGCGCAUGUCGAAUAUCAAGACGUUUCUCGACACUGGGCUCUACGUGCCGCCUGAUCAUCCGACCUUGUCGACGCAGACGACAGCUAACUUGCUGCAUAUUACGCGUACGCUGCAUUCACUUAGCGAGAAACCGUAUCGGUUCAUUCUCGUCGAUUCUCCCGAGCAGUUCAAGCCUGAUUACUGGAGUCGAGUCGUCGCGGUGUUCACAACGGGUCAGAUAUGGCAGUUUAGGGGGUACAAAUGGAGAGAACCGCAGGAGUUAUUCGGGCAUGUUCUUGGUAUCUUCGUGGGUGAGAAAGGAUUGCCAAUACCCGGAGAGGUAAGAGGCUGGGGAAGCAGUGUCAAGACAUUCGCUGUCGAGCGGUGGGAUGAGAGGGCUCAUGGCGGCAGUGUGGAUCAGGAUACUCGGGCCGGGAGGCGGUGGAGGGAUCGGGAAACGGUCGAAGAGGUGUGGCGCUCGAUUGAGGCCUAUAUGAGAGGGCGUGGAGAGUGGAGGCGAUGAGUGCCCUCAAGGUGUGUUCAAAGGUCAACAGUUUCAUGGGUGGACUAUUGUUCCAGCACGAGCAUACAUCAUCCUGCCCAGCUC